AUGGCGCUGAGCGGCGUGCGGGUGCUGGAGCUGGCGGGGCUGGCGCCGGCGCCGCUCUGCGGCAUGAUCCUGGCCGACUUCGGGGCGCGCGUGGUGCGCGUGGACCGCGCGCCGCGCUCCGCCGUGGCCGCCGACGUGCAGGGCCGCGGCAAGCGCUCGCUGGCGCUCGACCUCAAGCGGGCGGCGGGCGCGGCGGCGCUGAGGCGGCUGUGCCGCGCGGCGGACGUGCUCGUCGAGCCCUUCCGCCACGGUGUCAUGGAAAAACUUGGUCUUGGUCCAGAGGUUCUUUUGCAAGACAAUCCCAGACUCAUCUAUGCUAGACUUACUGGAUUUGGCCAAACAGGAAAAUACGCCAAGUCUGCAGGUCAUGACAUCAAUUUUUUGGCAUUAUCAGGUGUGCUGUCAAAGCUGGGUAGAAAAGAUGAAAAUCCUUAUGCACCUGUAAACCUUCUGGCUGAUUUUGCUGGUGGAGGUGUCAUGUGUGCAAUGGGCAUUAUUAUAGCCUUAUAUGAACGUACCAAAUCUGGCAAAGGGCAGAUUGUAGAUGCCAGUAUGGUAGAAGGAGCAGCAUAUCUGAGUUCUUUUCUGUGGAAAUCACAAAAUAUAGGACUUUGGAACAGACCGCGAGGUGAGAACUUAUUAGAUAGUGGUGCUCCUUUUUACGAAACCUACAAGACCUCCGACGGAAAAUACAUGGCUGUUGGUGCCAUUGAGCCUCAAUUCUAUGAGCAGUUAAUAAAGGGUCUUGGGCUAGAUUCAGAUAAACUUCCUAGUCAGUUGAGUUUCACUGACUGGCCCAAAAUGAAGGAAAUGUUUACAUCCAUAUUUGCACAGAAGACACAAACUGAAUGGUGCAGCAUAUUUGAUGGCACUGAUGCCUGCGUGACCCCUGUUUUAUCCUUUGAUGAUGCUGCCUUGCAUCAGCAUAACAAACAAAGAGGUUCUUUUAUCAAAAAUGAUCAGGAAGAGAUAAGUCCUAGACCUGCUCCUCUUCUUUCACGGACUCCUGCUGUUCCAUCUGUUAAAAGAGAUCCUUUUAUAGGAGAACACUCAGAAGAGAUACUUCUAGAAUAUGGAUUUACUAAGCAAGAGAUUGCUAAGCUGCAUUCUGAAAAAGUAAUAGAAUUCAGUAAACCAAAAGCUAAUUUGUAAUCUCUAACUAUGCAAAGAAGAAUUUCAGGCUGAUGGAGUAAGAUUUUAUGCAUCAAAACUGAAUUAGAUAACAAAUAAGUGCUUAUAUGAUAUUGAUUUUAAAAGAAUGUUUUGAAUGAAUGAAGUUUUAAAUUUAAUUGAAGUCAGUAGGAGUUAAGUACCUGUAUACCUGGGUGACUUCCACUGGAGUGUACAAACUGUGUUCCUGAUAAGUCUAGAAUGUUACUGAAAUUGUGUUCUGAAGAUCUACACUGAUGGUUUACUAAGCAGAUGUAAAUCCUCAUAAUGCUUCUUUAAAUAGCAUAUCCUGUGAAAUGCUUGUUUAUUUUAGUUCUUAGUUACACUGUUGCUUUGUAAUAUAUUUUGUAAUUACUUGAAGGUAAUACUUUUCAUAAAAUACAGUUAUGUGCUUCCAUAAAUGGACAAUUGUGCUGUUUACUCAUAGAUUUGAAAGGAUUUUUAUCUCUAUUGUGCUGAUUCAUUUGCAUUUUCAUGCCAAAACAAUUGUCCAUAUAAUGCUGUUUCCUUAUGCUCUGCUAUAGAGUUGUUUUGACAGUUCUGUUUAAGAGCCUGAUGACAUUUCCUUAAUGCAGUCAUGUGAUUAAAUUACAUUUGGAAUUUCAAUUUGUCUGGAAAAUUGCUUCAAGGUGAAAUUUGUUGUUAAAAUAGCUGCCGAGAAUUAAUCAUUUCCUCUCUUUUUGGAAAAAUGGAAAAGAAGAAGCUUAGCUGCACAAGUUGUAAACAAUGGUUAUUCCAUGCUCGUUGUGAUCUCCUUCAAAAUUAAAGUUAUGUAAAACGGCCUUUGUUCUUCAACUUGAAAAUAAUUAUGUUUUUAGAAAGAAUUAUCUAUAUGGCCCUAAUACAGUUUUCUUUAGUCUGGCAUGUCAAGACUUAUGCUACAAAGGGUUACCUAAUUUCUGUUGUGUAGUGUUUAUUAGUGCUAAAUACUAGUCUGUUACUUACAAAAACUUCCAAAGCUGAGAUAUGUAUAUUUGACAUAUGUCAUGCCAAACUGUCAGACUUACUACUACAAAAAAAACCUUUUACAUUUUACUCUGUGAACUCCUGCAUGGGAGCAAGAAUUAUCUAGUAGGUCCUGACAAAUUAGAUAAAAAAAAAAUAGCAAAAGACAUUUAAGUUUCCAGCUGGUAACAACUCUAAUGAAUUGCUGAAUAUUAUGUACCUUUGCAAUAAAAUUUGAGAAUUUUCUCUA